AUGCGUGUUCUCCUUCUCGGAGCCACAGGUCCCUCUGGCAUCCUGAUCAUCCACGAAUUCUUCAAGGCCUACCCAGAUGGGACCUUGAUCAUUUACGCUCGCAAUCCCUCCAAACUCCGCUCACAAAUCAUAUCCAACCCAUCCAUAACCAUCAUCAAAGGAGAACUCACCGAUACCGAUUCCCUCAUCACCACAUUCACAUCCACAUCAUCCCAACCAAAGAUCGACGCUGUCCUGUCUACGCUAGGACCCGCGUUCGGCCACCCCUCCACGCUUCCGCUGACCAGGGCCUACGAUACCCUCAUCCCCAUCAUGGCCGCUCACGGGUAUAAACGAGACAAGUUCAGCAUACUCGCUUGCAUCCUCGUCACUAUUGUCUGGCUCAUCCAGCGUAAUGCGUAUAACGACAUUGUGGCGUACUCGAAAGGCAUCGCCUCGAACUGCGACGAAUACGCCAUUGAUUGGACGCUCGUGAGGGUCCUGAGCCUGAACAAUAGGAAGGUACAGAAAUUGGUGGUAGGAUAUGUCGGAGAUGGAAGAACGGGGGUUGGGUUGAGUCGGUUUGCGAUGGCGCAGUUUUAUGUGGGGGAGAUUGAGGGGAGUGGGUGGGUGAGGAAGGCUCCAGCCCUGUCGUCGAAGGUACCUUGA